UAGGCCAAUCAGUGCAGUGUCAUCAGCAAAUUUAAUUAGCAGGGGGUGGCAACACAGUAAUGGGUUUACAGAGGUUAAAGGAGGUGGCUUAGUACACAGCCCUGAGGGGCACCUAUGUUGAGGGUCAGAGGUGAGUGAGUCCACUCUUACCACCUGCCAGUGAUCUGACAGGAAGUACAGGAUCCAGCUACACAAGGCAGGGUGAAGGCUGAGUUCUCUGAGCUUCUUGCCAUGCCUGGGGGCGUUAUCAGUUGAAUGCUGAACUGUAGUCCAAGAACAGCAUUCUUACAUAAGCAUCCUUCUUCUCCAGGUGUGUAAGGACGGUGUGAAGAGCUGUGGCUAUUGCGUCUUCCUUUGAUAGGUUGUGUUGGUAGGCAAAUUGUAGGGGGUCCAGUUUGGGUGGUAGCAUGCUACAGAUGUAAUCCUUGAUCAGCUUCUCAAAGCACUUGCUUAUUAUUGAGGUGAGUAUGACAGGCCGCCAGUCAUUCAGGCAUGUUACCUUCAUCUUUUUAGGUACAGGAACAAUGGUGGAUGUUUUGAAGCAGGAGGGCACAGGACACUGGGAGAGAGAGAUUUUUCUCUCGUCCUGCAAUGUUGACUGUACUCUUUUCCCUAGAUACUGCCUGGCCUGCUGAGUUCCUCCAGCAUUUUGUGUGUUGUUCAGUAAAUUGGGGUCCUGUUCUUCAGAAUUCAUAUAUCACUGAAGUAUCCACUUUUUAAAGGACUUUACAUGAGCAUGUUCCCCAUAAAUAAGAAGUCUUGGAUCAGAGGCAUAGCAUAGAAUAAGGAUAAGGAUAGGAUGUUUAGGAUUGAAAUGAGGAGAAACUUAUUCAGCAUGAAGGUGGUGGAUCUUUACUUUCCCAUCUUGGAUGGCUGUGAGGGUCAGACAGAGAAACUCCUCCAGUUGCCAAAACAAUCACUCCAAGGAAACCUCUCCGUUAGCCUCCCCGAUGAAAUUAGGACAUGGGAGCCGGAUCAGACCCUUCGGCCCCUCAAACCUAAUCCUCUUCAAUAUGUUCAUGGCUGAUUUGCCUCGUCUCUUCUCCUCUUCUGUACCAAUUCCCCUUAGUCCUUAAUUCCAUUAUGUUUCAUCGUGUAUUUGCCCAUUUUUACAAAUCCUGUGAUCCCCCGGGAUAGAUUAGAGCAUUGAUGGAGCUAACCCUAUCUGGUAACACGCUCCGUUAACAGUUCCCUCUGCGCUGUGCUGAUUUCUUUGCCUGGCUCCACCACACACGCCGGGAAGUGCUUUGGGAACUACAUCCGCACUACGGGAGUUAUGUAAUUGCAACGCGGCUUUUGUUCCGGCUGGACCACAGCCGGACAUCAACGGUCGAAGUAGCCUUGUCGCCGUCCACCUGUCAGUGAAGCGAGGCCGUUGGUGUAAGUAGGCGGCGUCCCGGCCGGCUGGCGGAGCUGACAAGGCGGAAGUGUCGCAUUAUUGUUGUCCGCCGAUCCCAGGGCAGGCAGAGCCGAAUGUGGCUACCGGAGCUCGAGCCCGAGGUAGGCAAACAGAGGGCGCGUGGCGGGGGAACCUCGAGCGUGAGCCGCGAGUGGACGAGCGGAAGCCGCGGGGGGCGGGCAGGACCAGGCCCAGGCCCCGGCCCCGGCCCCGCUGGAAAACCGAGGUGAUGACCUCAUGCCAGGGCCCUGGCACUGUGGGGACGUCAGGUGGUGGAGUCUGUGUGUUUCAUGUUUCUUUGGACUAUCUGGCCCCUUCCGCUCUCACCUCCUCCCAAUUUCCCCACCCUGAGUCGCCUCUAUCCUCCGAUAGUCUCAUUCACCCCUCCCAAUACCUUUCACACGCCCUUUCUGGUUUGGUGCGACUCCGCUCGAUCUACUUGAUUUCUGUUGAUGCCACUCUUGCUCUUGGAGUGUCUGUUGCUGGCAUGUGUAUGAUUGGGAAGUUCAACUGAAGUUGGCGUUGGUCUGCAGUCGUCAUUUUGAGACUAUUUGCAAUAUCUGAUGCUAUCUUGGAACAGAGGACAUCAUGAAGUUAAAGCAGCGUGUUGUUUUACUAGCUAUCCUUCUAGUUAUUUUUAUUUUCACUAAAGUGUUCCUGAUUGACAAUUCAGACUCAUCUGCAACUAAUCGAGAGGAUCAACAUUCUUUCCAGCGUAUGAUGGAUAAUCUUAAAAUUGAACUGAAUCCCAAUCUGGAGCACACUCUACAGUCACCGUGGGAAAUUGCAGCACAGUGGGUUGUUCCCAGGGAGGUGUAUCCCGAAGAAACUCCAGAGCUUGGAGCCAUUUUACAUGCUAUGGCCACCAAAAAGAUAAUCAAGGCUGAUGUGGGCUACAAAGGAACCCAGCUGAAAGCUCUGCUUGUUCUUGAAGGUGGUCAGAAGGUUGUGUUCAAACCUAAAAGGUACAGCAGGUCUUAUGUGGUGGAAGGGGAACCAUACGCUGGUUAUGACAGACACAAUGCUGAAAUAUCUGCUUUUCAUCUGGAUCGGAUUUUAGGAUUGCGGCGUGCUCCAGUAGUUGUUGGGAGAUACGUAAACCUAAAUACAGAGAUAAAACCAGUUGCAUCUGAGCAGCUUCUGAGCACCUUCCUCACAGUAGGGAACAAUAGCUGCUUCUAUGGAAAAUGCUACUACUGCAGGGAAUCUGAACCCGCAUGUGCAGAUGGGCUUAUAAUGGAAGGAUCGGUCACACUGUGGCUACCUGACAUCUGGCCAAUGCAAAAACACAGACAUCCAUGGGGCAGAACCUAUCGAGAAGGAAAACUAGCCAGGUGGGAAUAUGAUGAAAGUUACUGUGAUGCAGUCAAGAAGACCCCUCCAUAUGAUUCUGGUCCUCGGCUCCUGGAUAUAAUAGAUACCGCAAUUUUUGACUACUUGAUUGGUAAUGCAGAUCGACAUCACUAUGAAAGUUUUCAAGAUGAUGGUGGAGCGAGUAUGUUAAUUUUAUUGGACAAUGCAAAAAGCUUUGGGAAUCCAAGUUUAGAUGAAAGAAGCAUUUUAGCAUCUGUCUAUCAGUGUUGCAUUAUUAGAGUGUCUACCUGGAACAGGUUAAAUUACCUAAAGAAUGGAGUUCUCAGUGCAGCAAUGCGGACUGCCAUGUCACAUGAUCCUAUUAGCCCUAUUUUAACUGAUGCCCAUUUGGAGGCAAUGGAUCGACGAUUAAUGAGUGUCAUUGCAACUAUCAAGCAGUGCAUUGAACAGUUUGCCACAGACACUGUGCUAGUGGAAGAUAGAAUGCAGUUAACUCACUUAAAAUAAGGUGCUUGAAAUGGAAACUGAGUAACACUAAUUUCCCUGAAUAUGUCAAACAAGCAAACAGCAGUCGCAGUGCACAGUAUGGUGUAUAAACUCAAGGAAAUUGAAGAAAAUGAUUCUGUUCUUUUGGAGUUGUAACUUGUUUGGUGAAGUAUGCUUAACCUGGGAUAGGUACUGGAAAAUCUUGGCUGGACUAAAUUCUACUGAUCCUGGAAGCACUGACAGAUCAGCGUAAAAGGAAGUAGUGAAACAUUUUCUUGAAGUUAUGCUUUACUUUGACCUUUAAUGCAAAUGUAAGCAUGUUAUUUGUGGUUUUAUCUUACAUCAAGAAAUACAGACCUGUUUUAAGUGUCUUAAAGAAAGCUGAUGAAUCUAUGCUGAAUUUGACAUAUCUCUUGCCUUCAAGGAGGGAAAGAAUAAUUUAAAUCUUUGUUCUUACACUGCCAAUAUCAUUGUCCAAUUAGAGAUCUUUUUCCUAACAACCCAACUUGGGUUACAUUGGAUAUAUUUAAUGGACAGAUUACAAACCUCAUAAAUUCAGAUCUUCUCUCACUUUUUCUGUUGUAAAAAUUAAAAUGUUUCAAAAUUUGGCACAAGAGGCAGAAUCUGAAUGGGGACAAUUUUAUCACAAACUACAGAACAUAUUUUCAUACUGUACUUCCUUUGGAGUAUAUAAAGCUUUAUGGAACUCUUGGGUUCAAUUCUUUUUUUCUUGUAGAAGCCAUGUUCAAUCAUUCUUAUCUAUAUACUACUAAAACUCUCAUGCUCUGUUUGUUUUUCUGUUUGUGACCUCCACUUAGCACAAACAGCGCAUUACAGCGGCACUAUUUUUGGCUAAAUCGACUUAAAAUGUGCCAACUUACAGAAUGCAGGCAAAGUUCAGGAUUAUAUAUUCGUAUAAAAUUUCUCACUCGCCCAAAUCAACAGCCCUGCUUUUAUUCGAGAGCUGAUGUCAGCCAUGAUGGAAACUAUGACGUGACAUCACGAUACAUGCGCAUGGGCAGCCCUCAGCAGUGCCUCAUGAUGCUCACAGAGCGGAUUCCACCUUUGAGUGAUCAGGCAAUUUUUGCAGUGAAUAGAGAAGAUGAAAUCACACAGUAUUUGACAGGCAGAUAUAUUGGGCCCUCUGAAGCUGUCGGAUCGAUACUUGGAUUUCCAAUUCACGAGAGGGAACCAGCCGUUGUUCGCCUUCAAGUGCACCUUCCCCAACAGCAUCAAGUAUUCUUUCGUGAUAAUGCUGCUGUGCAACUGAAUAAUGAUAUGGCAAGAACCACUUUAACGGAAUUCAUGGAUCUUUGCACUUGCGAUCCAUUUGCAAGAACCCUGCAGAUAUUCCCAGAUUCUACACUUGGACUAAUAAGAGAUGGGAAAGAAGGAGAAUGGGGAAAAGAGUGGAGGAGUACUCUGGGAUUUUUGAAGCAAAUGUUCUGGGUUGAGUGUCUACUGUUUCCCCACGAAGUGGUGACCUCUACUUUUUGAGACUUCUUCUUCAUCACAUAAAGGGACCAGUAUCUUUCGAUUCAUUGAAAAUACGUGAUGGAGAUAUCCUUCCAUCAUUCAAAGAUGUCUGCAGAGAGAGAGAGGAUUGUUUCAAGCUGACGAUCAUUGGCAGGAAACUAUGGAAGAAGCAGAGAAAACACGAAUGCCCAGAGCAUUGAGACACUUGUUUGUUGUCUUGCUAACAAACACUAAAAUCAACAAUCCACAUCAAUUAUGGAACCGGUUCAAGAACGCAAUGCCCAACGAUUUCUUACAAAUGGAGAGGAGAACUAUCAAUGAUCCUAAUAUCAUGAUCAAUGACAGACAUCAUGGACAAGUUCUUCUGUAUUUCCAAGAGAAACUUGAGAACUUGGGCAAAACACUUGAAGAAUGUAACUUGCCAACACCAAAAAACGGUACAAUUACUCAAAGUGCUGGCAAUCUGGAAUUAUUACAUGAACUGCAAUACAACAGAGACGAACAGCAGGAAUUUGUUUCACAGAAGGAGUCCCUAUUGAAUAAAGUGCAUAGGGAAGUGGAAUAAAAACACAAAAUGCUGGCAGAACUCAGCAGGCCAGACAGCAUCUAUGGGAGGAGGUAAUAACAACA